AUGUACCGAUGUCUACUUCUCUUCUUCAUCUGUUCGGUCGUGAACAGCCAUCUGUGGCAUCAUAACCAUCACGAAAUGCACAACCACCCACACGGCUUCUUUGAUUCUUGGAGUUACGACAGCGGUUCUUAUGAAGAGAAAGCUAGUGACUUGAGAGAAGAAGACUGUAACGACUCGAGUACAGGUGGAGACAAUUUUGAAUCCCUUGCUCGUGAAAUUCUAGAAAACGAUGAAACCAACUGGAACUCCUGCAAACAGAACACAAAUGUUGUUCAAGAAGUCUACACCACUGAUUCUUAUAUGAUAAUCUAUUCUGUGCCUGGAUUAACCGAUGGUAAUGUGAACAUUCAAAUAAAGCAUAAGGUGAUCAGCGUGGUUGCUACCGCGUCGGGCAUAAGUUUCAAAGAUGUCAGGACACUAUCAGAUAUACUGGACACAGCUGAAGCCAGUUGGUACGUGGACUUUGGAACAAUUAAAGUGCUCAUUCCAUACAAAAUACGCUUCGACCACCUAAUGCCGAAGCGUUGUGAGAUGGUCAAGAAGGAUGUCUUCGAUGUACAGCCGCUUCCAGAUAUUUCCAGUUUCUUCAGACAGAACCAUCAGGGCGGUGUUUCAGCUCAGAGACCAGAAAGACUAUACUAA